AUGUCACUUAAAAAAUUUCUUAUCUCAAUAUUCUUCAUCAUCAUCAUCGUCAAUAUCAUCUCUUCAAUUUCAUGUGACAGAAGUACUACUUUGCAAGAGAACACACUUGAGAAUUUUGUUGAUGAAGCAUCAGGUACUGGAUAUGAUUCCCAAGCGUAUCCUUCAUACUGGAGCAUGAUUGAUGACAGCGACGACAACUUGGAGGACUUGAUCGAGCAAAGUACUGAUGAUGUCCUAACUUUGAAGAGCUCCGAUCAAGUGGCAGUUACCACAGUCAGUGUUAAUGAUUUUGGAGCUAAGGGUGAUGGAGAAACUGAUGACACAGAGGCGUUUGUGAAGGCAUGGAAGGUAGCUUGUUCGUCUAAGAAUGCAGCUGUUUUGGUGGUGCCUCAGAAGAUCUAUUGGCUUAAACCAAUUAGAUUUUCCGGUCCUUGCUUAUCUCAAUUGAUGGUGCAGAUUGUUGGUACCUUAGAAGCGUCGGAUGAUCGAUCUGACUUCCACCAAGAUGGUAAACACUGGCUUAUUUUUGAUAGUGUUCGCAAUUUACUGCUUGAUGGUGGUGGAACCAUCAAUGGCAAUGGCAAGCAAUGGUGGCAGAACUCAUGCAAAAUCAAUAAAUCUAAGCCAUGCAAGGAUGCACCAACGGCACUUGCGUUCUAUGAAUGUAAGGAUUUGAUAGUGAAGAAUCUCAAGAUACAAGAUGCUCAGCAAAUUCAUGUGUCUUUCCAGAAGUGCAUGAACGUUCUAGCUUCCAAUCUCUCAAUAACUGCACCAGAGAAAAGCCCCAACACCGAUGGAAUUCAUGUUACAGAUACUCAAGACAUACUCAUCACAACCUCUAUUAUAGCCACUGGUGAUGAUUGUAUUUCAAUUGUAAGUGGAUCCGAAAAGGUGCAAGCAAUGAACAUAACCUGCGGACCAGGACAUGGAAUCAGUAUCGGAAGCUUGGGAUCUGGAAAAUCAGAAGCUUAUGUUUCUGAUGUUGCUCUCGAUGGAGCUAAACUAAUUGGAACCACAAAUGGAGUCAGGAUCAAGACUUGGCAGGGAGGAUCUGGUAGUGCAAACAACAUCACAUUUGAGAACAUUGAAAUGCUUGAUGUUACCAACCCCAUCAUAAUAGAUCAAUACUACUGUGACAGCAAGAAACCAUGUAAAGAACAGAAAUCGGCAGUUCAAGUGAAAAAUGUAUUGUACAAGAACAUCAAAGGAACAAGUGCCUCAGACGUUCCUAUUAAGUUUGAUUGCAGCAAGAACUUUCCUUGUCAGGGUAUUGUGUUGCAAGACAUUAAACUUGAGCAUGAAGGAGGGAAAACAGCUAAAGCAUUAUGCAACAAUAUUAAUUUCACUAGCAUAGGAGUUGUUUCCCCAAACUGUUCUCAAGCGAAACGAUGAAUGUGGACACAAAACUUCUUCACAUUCGUUUCUCAGCACUGUAGUAUAUACAGAAGUACAGAACGUAAUCUUCAUAGUACUCCUUUGUCAAUACUGUACCUAUUUCCUACAGCAAGAUGAUUGUA